AUGGUCAGAAUCACUUUUUCAUUGCUCUCCACCGCGACUCUCCUCGCUGGAGCUGUCUCCCUCCCAACCGAGACCACUGAGCCCGCCUUGGACUUUUCGCCUGGAGAAGGUCUCCCGUCGUUGGAAGAGCUCGGUCUGACCACCGCCGACCUCCUCAAACCCAUCCCAGAAGAAACACUGGCCGCCAUUAGAGCAGAAUACGAAUCAAUCACCCCCUCUGAAGAAUCUGGCCUGGUUAGACGCUACGAUCCUGUGUGCCACGAUGGCCGCAUCCCCCUCGCGGAUGCCAACGCGUGCUACAACUACCUCAAUAGCCUCGGUACCACCACUUGCCGCGUCCCUGAGGGUACAGGCGGCUACGGCGGUAUUAACAUGUGUCGCAUUGGCAGCUCGUAUGUCAUUGGCGGGUGUAUCGGGGCCGAGUGCCCUGCUUCUUCGCAUUGCCGAGACGUCGCGCAUGCGGUCGCUUGGGUCAUGUCCCACUGCAAUGUUCGCAAAUCGGGUUGGAGGUACGCUCUCAAGCUGCUCGUGGCAAUGGCCAUUUGA